AUGAAUAGAUCAUUACUGCUACGUUUGUCGGAUACCGGUGAACCCAUUACAAGCUGCUCUUACGGAAAAGGUGUCUUGACGCUACCACCAAUUCCGCUCCCUAAGGACGCCCCAAAGGACCAACCGCUCUAUACGGUCAAGCUACUGGUAUCUGCAGGUUCCCCUGUCGCUAGGGAUGGGCUAGUUUGGACUAAUUGCCCACCAGAUCACAACACGCCCUUCAAGAGGGACAAAUUUUACAAAAAAAUCAUUCAUUCCAGCUUUCACGAGGAUGACUGCAUUGACCUGAAUGUCUACGCUCCAGGCUCGUACUGCUUUUAUCUAUCUUUCAGGAACGAUAACGAAAAACUUGAGACAACAAGGAAAUACUACUUUGUUGCCUUGCCCAUGCUUUAUAUAAACGAUCAGUUCCUACCUUUGAAUUCCAUCGCUUUACAAAGUGUUGUAUCGAAAUGGCUGGGCUCUGACUGGGAGCCCAUCCUAUCGAAAAUUGCCGCUAAAAACUACAAUAUGGUACAUUUCACCCCUCUACAGGAAAGAGGCGAGUCUAACUCGCCUUACUCUAUAUACGACCAAUUGCAGUUCGACCAGGAACACUUUAAGUCUCCUGAAGACGUGAAAAAUUUAGUUGAGCAUAUACAUCGCGAUUUAAACAUGCUUUCAUUAACAGAUAUUGUUUUUAACCACACAGCUAAUAAUUCUCCUUGGUUAGUUGAGCACCCGGAGGCUGGGUAUAACCACAUCACUGCGCCACAUCUAAUCAGCGCCAUAGAGCUCGACCAAGAAUUGCUCAAUUUUAGUAGGAAUUUGAAAUCCUGGGGCUAUCCUACCGAACUGAAAAAUAUAGAAGAUCUCUUCAAGAUCAUGGACGGUAUUAAAGUGCAUGUUUUAGGGUCGUUGAAACUGUGGGAAUAUUAUGCGGUAAACGUGCAAACAGCUCUUCGGGAUAUCAAAGCCCAUUGGAAUGACGAAUCUAACGAAAGUUACAGUUUUCCCGAGAAUAUUAAAGACAUCUCGUCCGAUUUCGUAAAACUAGCUUCCUUUGUGAAGGACAACGUCACUGAGCCUAACUUCGGCACUCUUGGUGAAAGAAACUCAAACAGGAUUAACGUGCCAAAAUUUAUUCAACUACUGAAGCUCAUUAACGAUGGUGGUAGUGAUGACAGUGAAUCUUCGUUGGCCACGGCUCAAAACAUCUUGAACGAGGUCAACUUACCCUUAUAUAGAGAAUACGACGAUGAUGUCAGUGAGAUACUCGAGCAACUGUUCAAUCGUAUCAAAUAUUUGAGAUUAGAUGACGGUGGGCCCAAGCAAGGUCCAGUGACCGUUGACGUGCCCUUAACAGAGCCUUAUUUUACGAGGUUCAAAGGAAAAGAUGGUACUGAUUAUGCCCUCGCCAACAAUGGCUGGAUAUGGAAUGGUAACCCACUAGUGGAUUUUGCAUCGCAGAAUUCAAGAGCUUAUUUACGUAGAGAAGUUAUCGUGUGGGGGGACUGUGUCAAGUUAAGAUACGGUAAAAGCCCUGAAGACUCUCCGUAUCUGUGGGAAAGAAUGUCCAAGUAUAUAGAAAUGAACGCCAAGAUAUUUGACGGGUUCAGAAUUGACAACUGCCAUUCUACUCCAAUACAUGUUGGCGAAUAUUUCCUAGAUUUGGCAAGAAAAUACAACCCGAACCUAUAUGUCGUUGCAGAGCUGUUUUCUGGUUCCGAAACACUAGAUUGUCUGUUUGUUGAACGGUUGGGUAUCUCCUCUUUAAUCAGAGAGGCAAUGCAAGCCUGGUCCGAAGAAGAGUUGUCUAGAUUAGUCCAUAAGCAUGGCGGGAGGCCCAUUGGCUCCUAUAAGUUUGUUCCUAUGGAUGACUUCUCAUAUCCUGCGGAUAUUAAUUUAAACGAGGAGCAUUGUUUCAACGACUCCAACGAUAACUCCAUAAGAUGUGUAUCAGAGAUCAUGAUUCCAAAGAUUUUAACCGCCACUCCGCCACACGCUUUAUUCAUGGACUGUACCCAUGAUAAUGAAACUCCCUUUGAAAAAAGAACAGUGGAGGAUACUUUGCCCAAUGCUGCAUUGGUGGCUCUUUGCUCGUCCGCCAUUGGAUCUGUUUAUGGCUACGACGAAAUUUUUCCACAUUUACUGAAUUUGGUCACUGAAAAAAGACAUUAUGACAUUUCUACGCCUACUGGUAGCCCCUCGAUAGGAAUAACCAAAGUCAAGGCCACUUUGAAUUCGAUUAGAACGAGUAUAGGAGAAAAGGCGUAUGACAUUGAAGACUCAGAAAUGCAUGUGCAUCACCAGGGCCAGUACAUUACUUUUCAUCGUAUGGAUGUUAAAUCCGGAAAAGGUUGGUACUUGAUAGCAAGGAUGAAAUUUUCUGACAAUGAUGACCCUAACGAGACUUUACCACCAGUGGUGUUAAACCAAUCCACCUGUUCUCUCAGGUUUUCGUAUGCUUUGGAAAGAGUUGGCGAUGAAAUUCCCAACGACGAUAAAUUCAUUAAAGGUAUUCCCACGAAAUUAAAGGAGCUUGAAGGGUUUGACAUUUCUUAUGAUGAUUCUAAGAAGAUUUCAACGAUAAAACUGCCCAAUGAAUUCCCUCAAGGAUCUAUUGCCAUUUUUGAGACCCAACAGAAUGGUGUGGACGAAUCCUUAGAUCAUUUUAUAAGGUCAGGUGCUUUAAAGGCCACUUCAAGUUUGACUCUAGAGUCAAUAAAUUCCGUCUUGUAUCGUAGUGAGCCGGAAGAAUACGAUGUUAGCGCCGGCGAAGGUGGUGCUUAUAUUAUUCCUAAUUUUGGAAAGCCUGUGUAUUGUGGUCUGCAAGGUUGGGUUUCCGUAUUAAGAAAAAUUGUGUUUUACAAUGAUUUAGCACAUCCCCUCAGUGCAAAUUUAAGAAAUGGACAUUGGGCUUUAGACUACACUAUCAGUAGACUUAAUUACUAUAGCGAUGAAGCAGGAAUCAAUGAAGUGCAGAACUGGCUGCGUUCAAGGUUUGAUAGAGUGAAAAAGUUACCGAGCUACUUAGUGCCCAGUUAUUUCGCCUUAAUUAUCGGCAUCCUCUAUGGUUGUUGUCGCUUAAAAGCAAUACAGCUAAUGUCCCGUAAUAUUGGUAAAUCUACAUUGUUUGUACAAAGCUUAUCUAUGACAUCAAUCCAGAUGGUUUCCAGAAUGAAGUCAACCUCUAUUUUACCAGGCGAAAAUGUUCCAUCUAUGGCUGCAGGGUUGCCACACUUUAGCGUAAACUACAUGAGAUGUUGGGGGAGAGAUGUAUUCAUAUCGCUAAGAGGUAUGCUAUUAACAACAGGUAGAUUUGAUGAAGCUAAAGCUCAUAUACUAGCCUUUGCAAAGACUUUGAAGCAUGGUUUAAUUCCAAACUUGCUGGAUGCCGGUAGAAACCCGAGAUAUAAUGCUCGUGAUGCUGCCUGGUUCUUCUUGCAAGCUGUACAGGAUUAUGUUUAUAUUGUUCCUGAUGGCGAAAAAAUAUUACAAGAGCAAGUAACAAGGAGAUUCCCACUGGAUGAUACUUACAUUCCUGUAGAUGAUCCAAGGGCAUUUAGUUACUCUAGUACCUUGGAGGAGAUCAUUUAUGAAAUUUUGAGUAGGCAUGCCAAGGGAAUUAAAUUCAGAGAGGCUAAUGCAGGUCCAAAUUUAGAUCGUGUUAUGACUGAUAAAGGGUUUAAUGUUGAAAUUCAUGUCGAUUGGUCGACUGGCUUAAUUCAUGGUGGAUCUCAGUAUAACUGUGGUACUUGGAUGGAUAAGAUGGGUGAAAGUGAAAAAGCAGGGUCUGUUGGUAUUCCUGGAACACCCAGAGAUGGAGCCGCAAUAGAAAUCAAUGGGCUUUUAAAAAGUGCUUUAAGGUUUGUUAUUGAACUAAAAAACAAGGGAUUGUUUAAGUUUUCCGAUGUGGAGACGCAGGACGGCGGGAGGAUCGAUUUCACUGAAUGGAAUCAAUUACUUCAAGACAAUUUCGAAAAAAGAUAUUAUGUUCCGGAGGAUCCAUCACAGGAUGCAGAUUAUGACGUGAGCGCUAAAUUGGGUGUUAAUAGACGGGGGAUAUACAGAGAUUUGUACAAAUCAGGAAAGCCUUAUGAAGAUUAUCAGUUAAGACCAAAUUUUGCUAUUGCCAUGACUGUGGCACCAGAGUUAUUUGUGCCUGAGCAUGCCAUAAAAGCAAUCACCAUUGCAGAUGAAGUCUUAAGAGGUCCAGUAGGUAUGCGUACUUUAGACCCAAGCGAUUACAAUUACCGUCCGUACUACAACAACGGAGAAGAUUCGGAUGAUUUUGCCACCUCAAAGGGUAGAAACUAUCACCAAGGCCCUGAGUGGGUCUGGCUUUACGGCUACUUUUUAAGAGCGUUCCAUCAUUUCCACUUUAAAACCAGUCCACGUUGUCAGAAUGCUGCCAAAGAGAAACCAUCCUCUUAUUUGUAUCAACAAUUAUACUACAGAUUAAAAGGCCAUAGAAAAUGGAUUUUUGAAAGUGUGUGGGCAGGAUUGACAGAGCUAACCAAUAAAGAUGGUGAAGUAUGCAAUGACUCAAGCCCCACGCAAGCCUGGAGUUCUGCUUGUUUGUUAGAUCUAUUUUAUGAUUUAUGGGAUGCCUACGAAGAUGAUUCCUGA